GUAAUUAAUGAAAGUCAUUCCAUCGGACGAGAAAAAUGAAGUAUUUUUAAACCCACACUUGUCCUUACCUGCCUCAUUGGGCAGCCCGUAACGCAGCAUUUCACGUGUUGUGACGCUGCCCGAACUGCCCGAUUAUUGGCCGAGAAAUUACGAGCAUUCGGUCUCAGUACCUGUGUGUUUUUCCUUCUCUCUCUCUCUUUCUCUUUCUCACUCACCUCUGAUAUUUCUAUAUUUUGGUGCUCUGUGUCUCUACGAUCUGGAUCCAACGGUCCAAAAUGUUCGGGGCUUGUGCUGCUUGUUUUCCCAGGUUUUAGAGCUCCAAACCUUCAGAUCCACCUCAUUCGUCUCCAGAUCUUCCUUCCUAGAUAACGUUUUCGGGUUCGAGAAGGCACUUGUUUGUUUGUCGUACGAAAUGGAGACUAAACAGAGUUCGGUGAUGGUUACGCUCAGUUACGGCGCGUUGACGUGCGCCGCGGAAGUUCUCGCGACUUUGCUAGCUUCUGCUGUCGUCAAAGCCACGCUUUUGGCCCCGGAUCUCUACCGGCUGCUAUUGACCAACACGCCUACAACCAAAGGAGAGAGAAAAACUCAGAGUCAAGACAAGCAACGUGAUGCAGAGGGCGAAGACGGUAACGAUGAUGAAGGGGACGAUGAUGACGAUGGAGAUGGUGGAUUUGGGGAGGGUGAAGAGGAGUUGUCAUCUGAAGAUGGAGGUGGAUAUGGCAACAAUUCCAACAACAAGAGCAACUCAAAGAAGGCACCCGAAGGUGGCGCAGGUGGAGCAGAAGAGAAUGGGGAAGAGGAUGAAGACGAAGAUGGUGAUGAUCAAGAUGAUGAUGAGGAUGAUGACGAUGACGAUGAUGACGAAGAAGAUGAGGGAGGUGAAGAAGAGGAUGAAGAUGGUGCUGAGGACGAGGAGAAUGAAGAGGAUGAGGAAGACGAGGAGGAGGAAGCAUUGCAGCCCCCAAAGAAAAGAAAGAAGUGAAUUUAGUUUAGUCAAGCCUCCCGUUUGUAUUGUUAUGUACGAAUUUGGCUUCUAACUUGCAUGUUUUUACUUUUUUGGGUACUAAACUUCCAUGUUCUUAUUUAGUUUAUAAGGAGGCUUAUGUAGGACAUGUUUUAAUUGAUAUCUAUGUUUACCAUUGCGUAAUUAGAAUGCUACAUUAUUGAGCAGUCAAUGCUAAAUUUAAGAGAGGAAAAACUAUGAUCUUGGUUUUGAAUUAAGCCUA